UCAGGGGCCAACAUUUCAGCUCAUUUGAGACCUCAUCCGAGCUCAGACCGGCUGCAGGCUUGGUGGUGAAUUUCGACGUUGAAGUUCAAUUAAGCAUCUGGCCACAAGGGCUAUGAAGCUGGUUGCAGGGUUAGCCAUGCUGUGGCUGUGGGUUGCAGAAGCCUUGGAAAACUGCCCCACUGCUUGUAAAUGCAGCCAGAAAUCCAGUGCGGAGAAGACUGAAGUCAACUGUCAGAAAAGGGGACUUCAAAGCAUCCCAGCCAAACUCCCUCUCGACUCAUGGAUCCUGAAAAUGGGUGAAAACUUACUGCAGGACCUGCCAGGCAACAUCCUGAGCUCCGUUCCAAAAAUCGAGAGUGUAAAGUUGGAGCGAAACUCAAUCAAAUCAAUACACCCUCAAGCAUUUGCUGGAGCCCAGCGUCUAAUGCUUUUGAAUUUACAAGGAAACCGAAUAUCCAAGAUCCCAGUGAAGGGCUUCAAAGAUCUCCUAAACCUGCGUUUUCUCAUGCUGGGCCAGAAUCAGAUAGCUAGCCUCAAACCUAACAUGUUCAUUGGAAUGAGGAACCUGUCAGAGUUGGAUCUGCCCCUGAAUGCUCUCACUGCUCUUCCACCAAAUGCAUUCAAACCUCUGAUUGCCCUCAAAGUCCUUGACCUGUCUUUGAACCACCUCCAUCGAAUCUCACCCAAAGCCUUUGUUGGACUUGGAGAGUUGCUUUUUCUCAACAUGGACAACAACAAGCUGAAGAGUAUCCAAGCUGGUACGUUUGGACCCCUGACUGGUCUUGAGAUGCUGGUGCUAGACAACAAUUUGCUCUCCACUCUAACUGUGUCCACUCUGGAGGGUCUUUCAAACCUGCAGGAGCUUUAUAUCAGAAAGAACGAAAUUGAGAGUCUGCCUGCAGAUGUUUUCCUCCACACACCUAAACUGACUCACGUGGGAUUAAGUGGGAAUCGACUUCAUGCAAUUGAUGGCAACAUGCUAGCCAACAUGCAAGGGUUGAAGGAGGUGUUUCUGCACGAUAACCCAUGGAAAUGUGACUGCAGUAUCAACUCGCUGGUACAUUACCUAGCCCAGACGAAGGCUAACCAUUCUCCUCGGCAGAGACUUCGGUGCGCUAGCCCUGAAGAGUUCCGUGACAGACCCAUCCCGGAGCUGAAAUCUGAGGAACUUUCCUGCAAGGCCUAGAAAAUCCUCACAUCUGAUAUCAUAUCACGAACAACCUCCAAAAGUUCGCAGCACAGCAUGAUAUUUCCUGCAACUGUUAUGGUGAGGCUUCACACAACUCCAACCACAAUGACUUUGACAGGUUAAUGAUAGUGCUGCUGUUCUACAAAUAAUCAUAAUUUUCACCCACACCAGUUGACUAUUUUCAGGCCACCUGGAGAGCAGCACAUCCUACAAAACUAAGGAAGAAGUGUGCAUUUGUUAUUCGGAUGAAAUUGUUUUGUUAUAUAGUAUUUUUAUGCAUUAUUCAUUUAGAUUGGAGUAUAUAAGGUGCAAUGGGCUAAAUGCACACAGCAUUUUCAGCCACAGAUGAAAGCCACAGCCACAGAUGAAAGGUUAAUGUGACUUUUCAAUUUUAUAAGGUUAAUGAUAAUGUAAUUUAAUUAAAAUAUACUCCGUUAAAAAGACUUAAGAAUUCAUUUAGUUAUUGAAGCGUAAAACGAGAUGAAAGGCCAUUUAAAUGAAAGCAGCAGGCGAGCAUUGAAACUCUAUUGAAAAUACUGUGGUAAAAUAAAUUACCAUAUUUUAAAGACAUGGUGCAGAACAAAGGAAUGUAAUGGAGUGCUUCUUGUCCAGUCUAAGAGACACUUUAUAACGUAAGUCAAUCAAUAAGGCAAUAAAGAUCAUCUUUUUUUAAAAAUUAAACAUAUCGAUUUUCACGAUGGCAUGACAGUUCACUGAAAGCACUUGAGCUGGCUAGCGGGAAAAAAAAUCAGUUAAAAGUCGCUGCGUAUAUACCUUAUUUUAGCUAUUAGCUAUUAACAAUAAAC